AUGGAAGAUUUUCUUCACAAGAUAGAUUUAAUUAGCAUGUAUCAGCAGUAUCAACAACAAUUCAACAAUGAAUCGUUCAAUGGUGUAGGUGUCGGUAUUGACCCACUCAGCUCACUCUCUUACAACGAUACAUCAUCAUCUGCUUCGUUGUUAUCAGCAAAGAAUGAACUAUCGAUUUCACAGAUUCUUGGUACUUCUACAAGUUCUUUUCUUUCUCAAUUAAAUACACAACAACAACAACAACAAAAUAUUAAUAUUCAACCAGCACAACAACAACAGCAAACUAUUCAACAACAACCAAUUUCAUUACAAACAUCUUCACAAAUCUUAAUGAAUAAUGAUCAAUUGAAUCUGCAACAACAACAAUUGUAUGGUGAUCUAUUCAAUCAGAUCAGUAGUAGCAAUAACCAGUUACCGACUAUUAAUGGUGGCGGUGGUGGUGGUCUUGGAGCUGGCAAUGGCGGUAGUAACAACAGCACCACCGGUUCUUCUGACUUUAGUUUCAUACAAUCACUGAUCCAACAGCAACAAGAACAAUUCAAGAAGAAGCUGGGUGAUCAUGCCUCUCUUCUCUCUGAUCAACAGAUUCAAUUCCUUUUCUUACAAGAGCAACAAACUCUAUUGAAGCAAAUGCUUGAAGGUACCACUGGUUCACCUUCUUCAGAGCAACAAACAACACAACUAAUUCAACAACAACAACAACAAGAUGGAAUACAACAACAACAACAAUUUACACAAUUUCCAUCUCCAUAUCAAUUUUAUCAACAACCUCAACAACAAACACCACCUGAACAACAACAACAACAACAACAACCUCAACCUCCUCAACAAAUACAGCAACAAUCUCCACAACUAAUACAACAACCUCAACAACAACAACAAGAACCUAUAAUUGUAAAUAUAAAUAAUAAUGAUAAUAAUAAUAACAAUAUUUAUAAACAAAAUAUUGGUGAACCAUCAUUAUUACAGCAACAACAACAACAACAACAACAACAAUCACAACAAAUUUCUCCUUUACAGUCUAAUAGUAAUUUUAAUAAUAAUAUAAAUAGUAAUAGUAGUGAUUCAUCUGGUAGUUCUUCACCACCUCAAUCACAACCAUCUCAACAAAGUAAUAUUGAUAAUUCAUAUGUUCUUAAUUUACCAAAUAAUUUUUCAAAUGUACAAACAAAUCCACCACCAAAAACAUUGUUUGAAUAUCAAAUACAACAAGUUCAACAACAACAAGCAGAGAGACAACGAUUGAUUCAACAACAACAACAGAAAAAGGCAAAAGAAGAGGAGGAAGAUCCAAGAAAGAUGAAGUCAAACCAAAACACUGCCAGUAGGAACUAUCGUCAGAGAAAGAAGGAUCACAUCAGCGAGAUCGAACAAAAGGUAAAACAACUUUCACUCGAGAAUGAGCAACUCAGACAGGAGAACACUCUUCUCAAGAAAGGUGAUAUGAGCGAUCUUAUGAGACCUGACGAUGCCUUCAAUGAGGUCAUUCACGAAGUCAAAGCACUCAUGUCUCAACUCGCCAAAGCAAUCAAUGAGAACGAUGAAAAAUCAAUCGAAUACCUCCUACAACUCUAUUAUUACUCUUCACAACUUAGAUCUACAGUGAUUGAAAGAGAAGUUGAAAAGAUUGUUCAUCCUUAUACUCAAGCAAGAUUAGCAUUAAUGGGAUAUAAAUCAUCAUCUGACGCAUCUAUUAUUUGUGGUAGAUCAAUGGCAUCUGCUAUUUGGUGGCCCAAUUUCGUGGAGCAAGUCGGUAUGAAUGAACAACAGCGACAUGCCUCUGAGAUAUUGUGGAAUGAUCACUUGAAGAUUCACAAUGAGUUGAGAGAGGAGCGUGAUGCUCUGGAUCGCGAGAUCAAGGAUUUGUUCCUAAAGAAGUUGGUUAUUUGUGGUGCCUGUGAUUUUAGUGAUCGUGCCUAUCAAGCGGAUCGUCCAAGAACACCAAUCUCACCAAACAACGAUAUUCUCAGUGGAAUCUCAACACCGAUGCCACCGACUCCAGACUCUGCUUCAUCGUCACCGCAGGCAAUAAGUUUGUCGUCGCCAUCGCUUGACUCACCGAGAAACGAUCAUUUUGUGCAGCCACCAUACCACCGUCGCACUCCAUCGUUAGUUGCCGCCAACAACAGCUCCGCCAGCAUCUCUGACGUGCCGCAAUUCACUGACAAAGGAUCGAUCAACAUAUCGGAGCUACUCGAUCUCACUCGCAAACUCGAACAACUCAAAAAGAACUUUGUCAAGCACCGUAAUUUGAUUUGCGAUACCGAUUUGGUGCUCUCGACCAUCCUCACACCGAUUCAACACGCCAAGCUCAUCCUACGCUUGAACAGUGUCGCUUGCUACGACAUUGGUAUCGUCGACACCAUCACACAGGUCUGGGGUACCAUUCACAAGUCACACAAGGACGGAACCACCUUUAUCCAACGACUCCUCCCGAACGAAGAUGGAAAAUCGAUGUUCCUAGAGUCGAUGCAAAACAAGAUCAAAGCACCGCCACAAAACCAGAACUAUCAAAUUGAGAACCUCCUAUCGACCUACGAGAAUCUCUAUCAAAAUAUAUAUAAUAUACCACCACCUCCAUUGCCAUCGAUCGAUCCAAUUAGAACAAGUUCAGGAUCACCCAUUGUUCAAUCUUCUCCACAACUUUCUCCAAGUUCUAGUAAUACCAAUAUAUCAUCACCUAUACAACAACCACAAAAUAUAAUUAAUGUUGAUUUAUUACCAAAUAAUAAUAAUAAUAAUAAUAAUAAUAACAAUAAUAAUAAUAAUAUUCAACAACAAGCACCACCUUUAACUAAACAACAACAUUUAGAUAUUUUAGAAACUAAUAAUCAUCAUCAACAACAACAACAACAAAAUCAACAACAUCAUCAUCAUACUUCACACCAACAACAACAACAACAACAACAACAAAUACCACCACAACAAACAUCACCAAAGAAGAAGGCAAAAAAGUUCCAAUGGUAUAAUUAUAAUCUCCCAACAAAAUAA